UGCACUAAGCGGACGAUGCGGCUCUUCGCGGUCUCAACUUUGCUCCUGUUCUUCUUCGGCUCAGGGAUGGCUCUACAGAUUCAGUGCUACCAGUGUGAGGAGAUGACACACGACUGCUCCACCCCAGAGUUCAUCGUCAACUGCACUGUGAAUGUGCAGGACAUGUGUCAGAAGGAGGUUCUGGUGAAGGAUGACGGGAUACACUACCGCAAGUCCUGCGCCUCAUCAGGAGCUUGUCUUAUCGCUUCCUCUGGCUACCAGCAGUUCUGCACCGGCAAGCUCAACUCAGUGUGCAUCACCUGCUGUAACACACCGCUGUGUAAUGGACCACGCCAGAAGAAACGACCCCAGCCGUCCGCUGCCAUUUCCCUGACCAUGCCGCAGCUCCCUGUGUUUUCUCUCUACAUCCUCUUCUUUCUGUCCACCCUGUGCUGA